AGCUCAUGAAAAUGCCCCCCUCCCCAUCACCAGACCAUUAUCUCCUAUGAAUUUGGGGCAAAGUCUGCUGUGGGAAACAUUUUUUUUCCUCCGUUCUCUUUUCUUACAAACGUAGAAUAUCUUUCCAGAAUGGCGAUUUGGGGCAGCAAGAAGAACGAUCUGCGCGGAGACGUGGCGACGACUAAUGGGGAGAGCAGUCGACCUAGUCAUGAAGAGCCGACGGAAAGAACCCGUUUGCUACAAGAAAGGCCUCCUCCAGUCAGGCACGAUGGCUACUUGGACCCAGAUGAUCCAGCCGUGUCUCCCUACAACCUGUGGACGGUACGAUUCUUGCGUUAUCUCACCAUCGUAUUUCUCGCAAUUACCUUCCUGUGGUGGGUGUUGUUACUAGUAUCAAUUUUUGUUUCGCCACCCAAGAUGCACUCACGAGGCUCGGGUUUCUUCGACUUCUCCUACACCACUCUAACCGUCGGCAACCUUGUCGUUGCGCUCCUGUUCUUCGCCAAUCCAUCUCGAGCAAUGCGAAUACUCACCUACUUGAUUGGUGGCCUAUUGCUCAUUGACAUGAUUAUUAUCGUAGCAGUUGGCAGGCUUAGACAGGAGGAAGGCUGGGUUGGUAUUGCGUCGGUCGUUUGGGCCACGUUGAUCUCGUUAUGGUGCGCCAUCACGGACAGAGUCGUUGCGUGGGGGAAGAAGGAGGAAGAGGAGCGAUUGACGGGACGACCAGAAACGAGAAGGACGCUGAAAGAAUGGCUCGGCGUUAUGAUAUCCACCAUUUUCCUCACUAUUUUUGUCGCUAUUGUUGUGCUUAUGACAGCGACACUUAUCAUUCGAGCUCGAGAUUCGUCCUUGGAAUGGCACGGUGAUCGGAUAUAUGUCGAUGGUGACAAGUAUCAAGUACAUCUUGCCUGUGUCGGGAAUGUUACCUAUACCACCGGUGGAAAACGGGUUCCUACUGUCCUUUUGGAGGCUGGCGAAUAUCCCUCUGAGUACGACUUUGAGAAUUGGGCGCAUGCGUCGUACAGAAACGGAACAAUUGCUAGGUACUGCUAUUGGGACCGCCCUGGCUACGCUUGGUCGGACAAUGCACCUUCUCCACAUUCAGCUGGUAUGAGUGCAAGGGCUUUAUCGGAAGCACUUGCGAAGAGCGGUGAAGAAGGCCCCUGGAUUUUAGUUUCGGCCGGCUACGGAAGUUUGGUAUCACGCAUUUUCAGCAGCACGCAUAUACAUGAUGUUGCCGGCAUUAUGCUUGUCGAUCCUCUGCAUGAGGACCUGUUGUCUAGGAUUGGCUCUGCAGGCCGUGGAUUUGUACUGUGGGGUUAUGGCAUCCUGUCUCCGCUUGGAUUCCAACGUAUCGCCGGCGCCAUCUUCAAGGGUCGCACUCGAGAGGAUCGUGUGUAUGGAAAAAGCGCCUAUCAAGGCGGAAAAUUCAUCAAAGCACAGCUCCAGGAGAAUCUCGUCGCGGAGUCGCUAACGAAGAACGACAUCGCUUCCGCGCGCAAUAUUCAGCAGAGAGAUACGCCUCUCGUGGUGAUCAGCUCCGGGAUCAAAGUCAGGACUGACAAAGAUUGGGAGUCUAAGCAGGAGGAUAUGACAAAGAUUACGGACAAUUUGCUCAGCUGGAGCGUUGUCAACAAGGCUCCACAUGAAGUGUGGAAGACCUACGAUGGCCGCGUUGAGAUGGAGAAGGGUCUGAAGAAGCUUAUGAAAGCAUGGAAGAAAACGAAAUGAUUUGAUAUUUCUAUUUGAGUUGGUAUGCCAGCAGUCCAGUAAUUCGGCUUCUUGUGGUAGCACACAAAUAUAUCUGAUUUAAGCGUAGCGUGGCUUUAAUUUAAUACGACUGCGUACAGAUUUCAUUAUGA